AUGUCUGCAAACGACCGUGAAUCGUCGUCCAACAAUACACCUCUUCGGCGCCGAAAUCGGAAAGUGUUUGCCGCUUGUCAACGAUGUCGAUAUCGUAAGAUCCGCUGUGACGGGUCUUUCCCCUCAUGUACCAAUUGCCAAAAAGCUGGGGAACCAUGUAUCGAUCCACACCGAGAAAAGGAGAUUCCUCGGAGCUACGUUGUUUCAUUGGAACAAAAAGUCAAGUCAUUGGAAGCCAUCAUUGCAAACAGAUGUCCCGACAUAGACCUAGCCACUGUCGCAUCAGUUCGCCAAGAUGCCGGCUCUUCAAGUUCUGCACCACAGGUGUGUCAGGGCGCAGCCAUAGAUACCCUGCUGCCGGAACGUGGAGAUUCCGGAAGAGGCCACUCGACUUUAUCAAGUCCGCUGGCGACGACAGCAGCAACAUCUCCGUGGGCUCCAUCAAGACAAGCGCAAUCAGAUACUGAACUCCUUACCCAUGUAAUUGCUCUUGUAUCAUUGAAUGGCUCCUCAGAACCGAAAUAUCUCGGACCUUCAAGUGGAUUUUCUUUUGCAAAGCUACUAGCCAGUCCAGGGCUAAGAUUGGACCAGCAAAUACAUGACGCAGAUAAGCUAGAUGCUGAGGCCAAAGCAUUAUAUCGGGCAGAAUGCCAUGCCGUACCUCUCCCCCCGUUCCACGAGGCUGCAAUUCUUGCCGAAGCUUUCUUUGACGAGGUCCAGUGGCAGUACCCCUUCCUACACAAGGCAUCCUUCCUAUCUUCCCUUCGUGAAGUAUAUAACCCUAAAAGUCAAGGCCAAGACGAAUCUAGGGCCGAGAUUGGGGCGAAUGCUGCUAAUAUUCGGUUUCAAAUUUUCCUGGUGCUUGCCGUCGGUGCAUCUACCCUUUCCAAAACAUCUGGCAUGGCAGCAGACGCUGGGAAUUACUACAUCUCGGCAAUGCAAUAUAGCGACAGAGCUUUAUACAAUGUUUCUCUGGUUACAACACAAAAUCAUCUUCUUUUAGCAAUGAAUGUCGGCACUGCUCUCGGACGACCACUUGGGAUCAGGAAUGAAGCCUGUGACGUGCCGCUUCCAUCAGAUUUUGAUGAUGAUACUACGGAGCUUGGUGCUAAUUUGAGAGAGAGAAAGAGACCCGGACAGAAUUCCGUGGCCAUCAAAUCUACACGCGUGGAGAGACAGAACUUACAAGGAUCUCAAUGA